AUGCAGAUCUUCGUGAAGAACCUGAAGAACCAUUCAAUAAUACUGAAUGUGGAACCAAUUGAUACGAUACUGAAAGUGAAGAAGAUGAUUGAAUCCAGGGAAGGCAUUCCGCCGGAGCAGCAGCGUCUGAUUUUCGCUGGCAAGCAGUUGGAGGACGAUUGCACACUGUUAGACUACAGGAUCCAAAAGGAUUCAACGCUGCAUUUGGUGGGGCGUCUGCUUGGUGGUAUGCAGAUAUUCGUGAAGACGUUGACGGGCAAGACGAUAACGCUGAAUGUGGAACCUAGUAACACGGUAAGAGAACUGAAGGCGAUGAUUGAUUACAAGGAGGGCAUCCCGCCGGACCAGCAGCUUCUGAUUUUUGCCGGUAAGCCGAUGGAAGACGAUCGUACACUGUUAGACCACAGGGUCCAAAAGGAUUCAACCGUGCAUUUGGUGGGUCGUCUAGAUGGUGGCAUGCAGAUCUUCGUGAAGACGCUGACUGGCAAGACCAUAACGCUGGAGGUGGAGCCGAGCGACUCGAUUGAGAAUGUGAAGGCGAAGAUUCAAGACAAGGAGGGCAUCCCCCCAGACCAGCAACGUCUGAUCUUUGCUGGUAAGCAGUUGGAGGACGGUCGUACGCUGUCAGACUACAACAUCCAGAAGGAGUCAACACUGCAUCUGGUUCUCCGUCUGCGUGGUGGCAUGCAGAUCUUCGUCAGGCUGCUGGCGGGCAAAACAAUAAAACUGGAUGUGGAACCCAGCAACAAGAUAAGCGAAAUUAAGGAGAUGGUUAAUGGGAGGGAGGGCAUUCCGGCCAAGGAACAACGUCUGAUUUUUGCUGGUAGGGAAUUGAAGGACGACGAUACCCUAUUGAAAUGCAAGGUCGAGAAGGAAUCAACCCUGCAUAUGUUGUUGCGUCUGAAAGGUGGCAUGCAGAUCCUCGUGAAUACGCUGACGGUCAAGACGAUAAAUUUGCGGACUGAGCCGAAGGAAUCCAUAGAGAAAGUGAAAGCAAGGUUUCAGGACAAGGAAAGGAUCCCUCCAGACCAGCGGCAUCUGAUUUUUGCGGGUAAACAGUUGGAGGACGUUCGUACGGUGUAA